GCGAAAGAAUCAACACAGUUCUCCUAAGAUGCCGCCACAGACCAAGGACGAAGGGGAAUGCAGCGAAGCUAACCAAAUUCCGGAAUGGGUGAAACCAGAGGUCUUUCAGGAUCUCCUAAAACAGCAGGUUAAGGAUUAUAAGCAAACAAAAUCCUUGAGAACCAGCGCAGGUGUCGCUAAGGGGGAAAACUAUGCCACCAUAAUGCUGAGAGUUGAGUUGGAUGUAGAGACUGAAGAUAAAUCCAAGGUCACAAAGGCCUAUAUGCUGAAGACCCCCCACGACACAGACUCCUAUCGAAAACUAUUGCAAAAAUCGAAUAUAUUCGAUAUAGAGCGCGGAAUGUACAUGAAAGUGGUUCCCGAACUGGAGCAAAUGUAUCGUGAUGUGGGUUUCGAGGUGAAGUUCGGCGCUGACGCCUAUGAGAUCCCCUCCAGCGACUACUAUGUUUUGUUGGAAGACCUGAAGCCCCAAGGAUUUAGAAAUGCCGAUCGUCUACAGGGUUUGGAUCAAGCUCAUACCGAGAGUGCUCUGCGGAAACUCGCUCAAUGGCAUGCCGCAUCGGCAGUCCGUGUGGAUACCAAGGGAGCAUACGAGGAGAAAUACACGAAAGGAUUGUUCAAGAGCCCAGAAAUAGUUCAUGCCUUGUUUGACGGCAGCAUGAAGACGUUGCUGAAGUACAUAGAACACUAUGAGGGGCGCGAGACGUACUUAAACGAUUUGCUAAAUAUCUCGAAAAAACUAGGGGAUAUGGCGGCUGACAUAAGCGAAGCGAAACCUGAUGAGUUCAAUGCUCUCAAUCAUGGAGAUGCUUGGAGCAAUAACAUUAUGUUUCAGUACAACGAUAAAAAUGAAAUAUCGAAUACAUAUUUUGUGGAUCUUCAAUUGCCAAAAUGGGGAACAGUGGCACAGGAUUUGUACUACAUCCUCAUAUCGUCAACAAGUUUGGACAUAAAAACAUCGAAAUUUGAUUAUUUCAUUUGGUUUUAUCAUUCAGAACUCGUUAAGCACCUCCAAUUGCUGAAAUAUUCAAAGCCUUUGCCCACACUUAGAAGCAUUCACAAUGAUCUUUCCAAGUAUAGUGGUUGGGGCUUGGUUUGCUGCAUAUCUAUAAUGGGAUUCGUUUUACUGGAUCCCAUACUGGAUGAUGAUGGUGAUUUCGAUCAAAUUCUUAGAGGCGAAGACAGUAAUUUUAAGAAGUCAAUGUUCACAAAUCCCAGAUACAUAAAGCAUGUGAAUUCCAUCCUGCCAUGGCUGCAGCAUCGUGGGGCAAUGGAAUAGUAAUAUAA